AUGUUGGAGUCCAACAACCUGCUCACUUUCAAUGGAUUGGCCAACAGCUCUGCCUAUCACACCUUUUUAUUGGACGAGGAGAGAGGUCGGCUUUGUGGGGCAAAGGACCAUGUGCUGUCCUUCAACUUGGUGGACAUCAACAUGGACCAGCAACUGAUAUCCUGGCCUUCUUCACCUUCUCGACGAGAUGAAUGCAAGUGGGCUGGGAAGGACGUCCAGAAGGAGUGCUCUAACUUCAUAAAGGUUCUGCAGCCGUUUAACCAGACGCACUUGUAUGUGUGUGGAACAGGAUCCUUCCAUCCCGUCUGUGCUUAUGUGGAAGUGGGCAAACGCCCGGAGGACAACAUCUUUCGGCUAGGGUCGUCAAACUUUGAGAAUGGCCGUGGAAAGAGUCCCUAUGACCCCAAACUGCUGACUGCUUCCAUGCUGAUCGAUGGGGAACUGUAUGCUGGGACAUCAGCAGACUUCAUGGGCCGGGACUUUGCCAUUUUCCGAACUUUAGGCAAGCACCAUCCAAUCAGAACGGAGCAGCACGACUCCAGAUGGCUCAAUGAUCCUAGAUUUGUCAGCGUGUAUCUCAUCCCAGAGAGUGACAACCCGGAAGAUGACAAGAUCUAUCUGUUCUUCAGAGAGAACGCCAUUGAUGGGGAGCAAAUUAGCAAAGCCACACACGCCAGAAUCGGACAGCUGUGCAAGAACGACUUUGGGGGCCACAGGAGUUUGGUGAACAAAUGGACCACCUUCCUGAAGGCCCGUUUAAUCUGUUCCGUUCCUGGCCUGAACGGCAUCGACACACAUUUUGAUGAACUACAGGAUGUUUUUCUCAUGAGCUCCAAGGAUCCGAAAAACCCUAUUAUCUAUGCUGUAUUUACAACAUCCAGUAACAUCUUUAAGGGCUCAGCGGUAUGCAUGUACAGUAUGGCAGAUAUCAGGAGGGUGUUUCUGGGCCCGUAUGCCCACCGAGAUGGACCCAACUACCAAUGGGUACCAUUUUUGGGUAGAGUGCCGUACCCAAGACCUGGCACGUGCCCCAGCAAAACGUUUGAUGGUUUCGAAUCAACAAAGGACUUUCCUGACGACGUUAUCACAUUUGCCAGAAGCCAUCCGGCCAUGUACAACCCAGUGUUCCCCAUCAAUAACCGUCCAAUCAUAAUCAAAACUGAUGUUGACUACCAGUUCACUCAGAUAGUGGUGGACAGGGUAGAGGCAGAGGACGGCCAGUAUGAUGUCAUGUUUAUCGGCACUGACAUGGGCACAGUUCUUAAGGUGGUUUCAAUUCCUAGAGGAACAUGGCAUGACCUUGAGGAAGUCCUGUUGGAGGAGAUGACUGUGUUCAGAGAACCAACACCCAUUACUGCCAUGGAACUCUCCACAAAGCAGCAACAACUCUAUCUUGGAUCCACCAUUGGGGUUUCUCAGAUGCCUCUGCAUCGCUGUGACGUGUACGGGAAGGCCUGCGCCGAGUGCUGUCUGGCACGUGAUCCUUACUGUGCCUGGGACGGCUCGCAAUGUUCCCGAUACUUCCCAACUGCUAAGAGGAGAACGAGGCGUCAGGAUAUCAGGAACGGAGACCCUCUGACUCAGUGUUCAGAUCUGCAACACCACGAUGAGGCAGAUGGCGAGAGAGAAUUGCUGGAUAGGGUGGUAUAUGGGGUUGAAAACAGCAGUUCUUUUCUGGAGUGCAGUCCUAAAUCCCAGCGAGCCCUUAUUUACUGGCAGUUUCAGAGACACGGAGAGGACCGCAAACAAGAGAUAAAGUCCGAUGAGCGGGUGUUGGGCGCAGAACAGGGUCUGUUGAUCCGAACCCUCCAUCAGAAGGACUCGGGUGUGUAUUACUGCCACGCUGUCGAGCACGGCUUCAUCCAGACCCUCCUUCGCCUCACCCUCAACGUCAUUCCCUCAGAACACCUGGACGAUCUCCUGCACCAAGACACGCCGGACAGCAACGACCCGGCCAACGGCAAGAUGUGGUACCGCGACUUCCUCUCCCUCAUCAACCCGCCGAGUCCGAACAGCGUCGACCAGCUCUGCGAACAGGUUUGGAAGAGAGAACGGAAACAGCGCAGGCAGAAAGCUAAUCUGAUGCACGGCAGCCAAUCACACUCUAGCCAGCUCCUCCACUCCAGCCAAUCACACGCCAGUAAGUGGAAGCUGCUACAGGAAAACAAGAAAGGACGCAACCGCAGGACCCACGAGAUGCAGCGGGUACCCCGCAGUGUGUGACCUGGACGAUGCGGAAAUCCAACAGACUUCUACUGUUCCACAGACAUAACGCUGAGACUGAAGACAGGAAGGGCGGAAUUCCGUUUCCUGUAUUGUGUGUGCGAGAGAGAUUUACUUGUGAACCAGAGCACAUCUUCAUUCACGCCUACAGUACGUAUUGAGACUCAAACCCUGAGAGGAUGUAAUGUGAUGCUAACAGAUACUGAACUACCUGUAAA